GUGAACAAAAGUUGUGCUCUAUGUUUACAUUUGAGCUAGGCGUUGGAACGAGAGUUGGGUAGCUGAAUUCGUUUGUUGUUCUGUAUUUUAAACUUAUACAAACAAAAGCUAAAAUCUUCAUCGGGUCAAGAAUUUUAAAAAUAUUGUGCCGAAUUUACAAGUAAUGUUAUGGGGGCAUUCUCCAGUUCGCCGCAAAAAUUAUUGUAUACUGCCGAAAACAAAGUUAUUCAAGAUUUAAUUAAUAAAAAUUGUGUUGUUGUAUUUUCAAAAACUCAGUGCGUCUACUGUAGGAAGUUGUUUACUGAUAAUAAUAUUGCAUAUCUUUCAAUUGAACUUGAUAAGAGAGAUGAUGGAAAUAGUCUCCAGAAUGCUUUACAUCAAAUUACAGGAGCUAGAACAGUCCCUCGUGUGUUCAUUAAUGGUGAAUGCAUUGGUGGUGCCUCAGAAUCUGAAAAGUUAUAUAAUGAAAAUAAGCUGAUGGAAAAAAUUAGUCAAUGCAAUAGAAAACAGUUUCCUCAAUAAAUAUUAAAUCUCCAUUUCUAAGCUAGCCAAAACUUUGUUGUGAUAAUUGUAAAACUGUCAAAUAUUAUUUAUUUAUACUUGUAAAAUAAUUUAUUAAAAUGUAUUUUAUUUACACGUAA